AGUCCGCCAUGGAGCCUACUUAUGUGCGCCAUAUCGAGCUUCUGGGCUUCGAAAAGAGGUUCUACCCCAGCCAACACUAUGUGUACAUGCUCCUGAUUAAAUGGAGUGAUCUUUCAGAGAAGCUGAUAUACAGAAGGUAUCCAGAGAUCCAUACCUUUCAUAAAUCCCUGAAAGAAAUGUUCCCCAUUGAGUCCGGAGACAUUGAUGCCAAAGACAGGAUCAUUCCCUCCCUACCAGCCCCAAAGUGGUUUGACAAUCAGAAGACAACAGAGACAAGGCAGGGCACUCUGGCAGGCUACUGCCAUGCUCUGAUUGACCUGCCACCUAAGAUCUCCCGCUGCCAGCUGCUGCGAGACUUCUUCCAAGUCAGACCAGAGGACGAGAACCCACCUGCACCACAUCCGUAUAAAAGAAAUGAGACCUUUAUGAUGCAGAAGGACAGAGCAACAAGAGGCAACACAUCUGACAUCAGUGGCCCCAUCAUCCUGGAGACUUACAGAGCUAUUGCAGAUUACGGAAAGAGCUCCAAGUAUGAACUCAACCUGAAGACUGGAGACUUGCUGGAGAUUGUGGAGAAGAGUCCCAAUGGCUGGUGGUUCUGCCAGCGUGAGUCACAACGUGGCUGGGCGCCUGCCUCCUACCUGGAACCUCUGGAGGGACCUGAUGAGAUGGAGGAGCCAGAGCCCAACUAUGAAGGGGAACUGUAUAUAACCACUAAAGGCUACACAGCAGCCGAGGAUGACGAGCUGACUCUUGGCCCUGGAGAGACCAUAGAGGUCAUCCACAAGCUUCUAGAUGGCUGGUGGGUUGUCAGAAAGGGCGAAGAGACAGGACAUUACCCGUCCAUGUACCUGCGCAAAACAGGGGAGAAGAGGGACGUGGGUGCCGAAAGGAAUGCACUAAGGAGAGAGACACCGCCACCCAGGAGGUCCACCAUCCGCAACCCCCAGAGUAUCCAUGCAAAAGGACGCCAGAAAAUCAGCCAAGACAUCUAUCGCAGGAACAGCCGCCACUACCUGCAGCAACGCGGCAAACGCUCCAACCAGUCACGACAAAUGAACAGAGUCUCCAAACAGUCCCCCCUGGUGGAGAGGAGGAACAACAGCGAGAACAUCCGCCAGAAGCCACGAGCCCAGAGCACUCCUGAGGAGCCGAAGAAGAAGAUGCCGGUUGUUCCCCCUCGGCCCAGCGCGGAGCUCAUCCUGGAGCGCUGCACGGAGGACACGCGCAAGAAACUCAGCAUCCGCAACAGCACCUGAGACGCGGCCGCUCUGCCGCCAGGGACGCCGCGCGACGCUCCGCAGAACGCUGCUGCUCCUCUCUGCAGUUCUGUGCAAAACCACUGCCUGUACACUGAGUGGUUAAAAUUAUACUGUGAAUCCCAUAUGUCAGUAAACGUAUGAAAAUAUUUAC